AUGAAGAAGUCAAAAUUCAGAGACCUUGACCCCGAGGCCCUCCUCGACCCAGCUCCCAGUUCUAGUGACGACGACGACCGCUCUGAUGGCGAUCAUUCAGACGUUGAGGACGACAAGGCUGGGCGAGAACACUACGCUGCAGUCGGCAAGAGUAGAUUAAUGAAGCCCGUCGAAGUCUCUCUCGGCCCAGAGUAUACUGGCCGUGGGGUCAGCAGGAGAGAGCUGGAAGACAGCGACAGCGAUGAUCCGUUCGCCCGAGGCUUCGAUGAGGUUGACAGUGAAGGCAGCGACGAGGAUGAUCAAGAACAAGGGACUGAUGAUCUUCAAAUCAAUGGCGAUGAUAGUAUUAACGAGGAAGGCUCUGUCGAGAGUACAACCGAUGACGACGAAGAGACAGAUGGCGCAUCUCACGACAGCGACUCCGACGUUAGUGGUUCCGACGACGAUGACGACGAAAACGAUUCCGCAAAGGACACGGCUGGCAAAUCAACUGUGCUGAAUUUGAUGAAGGACAGCAAGUCUUUCACCUCGACAAUCGCGGCAAGCACACAGGCAGAUAUUGCCAAAGGAGAGGCCGUCAAGACGCAGCGCAAGACCUUUGACACCCUUCUUAACACUCGCAUUCGUCUUCAGAAGGCUCUGAUAUCAACCAAUUCGAUGACAGCUGAGCCCCACAAAUCUGACGCCGUACCAAAUGCGCCAAUGGAAGCUGCUGAGACCGCGGCAUUGACCCUCCUUAACAACCUGACCGAUCUGCGCUUGUCCUUGGAUGAAUCUCGCACUGGAAAUAAGCGUAAGCACUCGACCUUUGACUCCACGACGCCAUCAUCUGAGAUCUGGUCCCAUAUUCGCACCAUCGAUUCUUCCACACACUCCCACCGAAAGGCCGUGUUGGAGCGCUGGUCCAGCAAGACAAAGGCCACGACAACCACGAACAACAAGGCUCGCCUGAAUGCCUCCGCUCAGCAGACUUUGACUGAAAUCCUUGACUCACAGCUUGCAUCUUCACACUUGGUAGCACGAACACAACAGCCACGAUCAUGCGCCCCUCUCCAAUCCUCCGUCAAGGGCGCUCUUCCAGAUCCCGAGAUUUAUGAUGACGCCGACUUCUACGGUCUCAUGCUCAAGGAGCUACUAGAGCAGCGUUCUGCAGAUCUCAGUGCAAACGGCGCAGCCGAGUUUGUCGUGCAAGCGCCAUGGCAGGUUGCGCGCGACGCCAAGACGAAAAAGAUUGUUGACACCAAGGCCAGUAAAGGGAGGAGAUUACGUUAUACAGUGGAAGAGAAAAUUCAGAACUUCAUUGCACCCGAAGAUAGGGGUGAAUGGGGUGAUAGGCAGAGAGAUGAUCUCUUUGGCAGCUUGUUCGGACAGAGACUUGGGUUGGGUGAACACGACGAUCUCGAGAGUGAGAACGAGGAUAAUAAUCUUGAUGCUCAGGAGGCUGGCUUGAUGUUGUUUAGGAGCUAA